AUGUUCCAUAUUCAGCUUGCGACAGCGUUCGACAGCUACCGGGAGCGGGUGGAUCAGCGGAAGGAGCGAAGGACCCUGUGCAGGCGGGUGGUGGAGAGGAUGCUGCAAGCUCGGCUAGCAGCAGCCUUCGACCGUUUCCAGGAGGCGGUAGAGGGGAUGGCGAGGCAGCGGGCGAGGGUGACGGCAGUGAUCGGACGGUGGACACAGCCUUGGGUCAGCCUAUGCUUUGAGAGCUGGCUGGAGGCCACGGACGAGGCUCGACGGGCACGGGCGGCGGAAGGGCUUGAGGAGGUACAGGCAGAGCUGACGGCAGAGGCAGAGAAGCAGAGGGAGUAUGCGGAGCGCUACAUCGAGCUACGCAAGGAGCAGAGCCGGAAGGUGAUCAAGCGGAUGUUCCAUAUUCAGCUUGCGACGGCGUUCGACAGCUACCGGGAGCGGGUGGAUCAGCGGAAGGAGCGAAGGACCCUGUGCAGGCGGGUGGUGGAGAGGAUGCUGCAAGCUCGGCUAGCAGCAGCCUUCGACCGUUUCCAGGAGGCGGUAGAGGGGAUGGCGAGGCAGCGGGCGAGGGUGACGGCAGUGAUCGGACGGUGGACACAGCCUUGGGUCAGCCUAUGCUUUGAGAGCUGGCUGGAGGCCACGGACGAGGCUCGACGGGCACGGGCGGCGGAAGGGCUUGAGGAGGUACAGGCAGAGCUGACGGCAGAGGCAGAGAAGCAGAGGGAGUAUGCGGAGCGCUACAUCGAGCUACGCAAGGAGCAGAGCCGGAAGGUGAUCAAGCGGAUGUUCCAUAUUCAGCUUGCGACGGCGUUCGACAGCUACCGGGAGCGGGUGGAUCAGCGGAAGGAGCGAAGGACCCUGUGCAGGCGGGUGGUGGAGAGGAUGCUGCAAGCUCGGCUAGCAGCAGCCUUCGACCGUUUCCAGGAGGCGGUAGAGGGGAUGGCGAGGCAGCGGGCGAGGGUGACGGCAGUGAUCGGACGGUGGACACAGCCUUGGGUCAGCCUAUGCUUUGAGAGCUGGCUGGAGGCCACGGACGAGGCUCGACGGGCACGGGCGGCGGAAGGGCUUGAGGAGGUACAGGCAGAGCUGACGGCAGAGGCAGAGAAGCAGAGGGAGUAUGCGGAGCGCUACAUCGAGCUACGCAAGGAGCAGAGCCGGAAGGUGAUCAAGCGGAUGUUCCAUAUUCAGCUUGCGACAGCGUUCGACAGCUACCGGGAGCGGGUGGAUCAGCGGAAGGAGCGAAGGACCCUGUGCAGGCGGGUGGUGGAGAGGAUGCUGCAAGCUCGGCUAGCAGCAGCCUUCGACCGUUUCCAGGAGGCGGUAGAGGGGAUGGCGAGGCAGCGGGCGAGGGUGACGGCAGUGAUCGGACGGUGGACACAGCCUUGGGUCAGCCUAUGCUUUGAGAGCUGGCUGGAGGCCACGGACGAGGCUCGACGGGCACGGGCGGCGGAAGGGCUUGAGGAGGUACAGGCAGAGCUGACGGCAGAGGCAGAGAAGCAGAGGGAGUAUGCGGAGCGCUACAUCGAGCUACGCAAGGAGCAGAGCCGGAAGGUGAUCAAGCGGAUGUUCCAUAUUCAGCUUGCGACGGCGUUCGACAGCUACCGGGAGCGGGUGGAUCAGCGGAAGGAGCGAAGGACCCUGUGCAGGCGGGUGGUGGAGAGGAUGCUGCAAGCUCGGCUAGCAGCAGCCUUCGACCGUUUCCAGGAGGCGGUAGAGGGGAUGGCGAGGCAGCGGGCGAGGGUGACGGCAGUGAUCGGACGGUGGACACAGCCUUGGGUCAGCCUAUGCUUUGAGAGCUGGCUGGAGGCCACGGACGAGGCUCGACGGGCACGGGCGGCGGAAGGGCUUGAGGAGGUACAGGCAGAGCUGACGGCAGAGGCAGAGAAGCAGAGGGAGUAUGCGGAGCGCUACAUCGAGCUACGCAAGGAGCAGAGCCGGAAGGUGAUCAAGCGGAUGUUCCAUAUUCAGCUUGCGACGGCGUUCGACAGCUACCGGGAGCGGGUGGAUCAGCGGAAGGAGCGAAGGACCCUGUGCAGGCGGGUGGUGGAGAGGAUGCUGCAAGCUCGGCUAGCAGCAGCCUUCGACCGUUUCCAGGAGGCGGUAGAGGGGAUGGCGAGGCAGCGGGCGAGGGUGACGGCAGUGAUCGGACGGUGGACACAGCCUUGGGUCAGCCUAUGCUUUGAGAGCUGGCUGGAGGCCACGGACGAGGCUCGACGGGCACGGGCGGCGGAAGGGCUUGAGGAGGUACAGGCAGAGCUGACGGCAGAGGCAGAGAAGCAGAGGGAGUAUGCGGAGCGCUACAUCGAGCUACGCAAGGAGCAGAGCCGGAAGGUGAUCAAGCGGAUGUUCCAUAUUCAGCUUGCGACGGCGUUCGACAGCUACCGGGAGCGGGUGGAUCAGCGGAAGGAGCGAAGGACCCUGUGCAGGCGGGUGGUAGAGAGGAUGCUGCAAGCUCGGCUAGCAGCAGCCUUCGACCGUUUCCAGGAGGCGGUAGAGGGGAUGGCGAGGCAGCGGGCGAGGGUGACGGCAGUGAUCGGACGAUGGCUUAGCCCUUUGCUUUCUGUUGUUUUUUUGGAGUGGGCCUCCUUUGUCCUUGAUCGUUCUGAGUUUCUUGACGUCGGCUGCAUGACAGAUGCAGGGGUUGUGUUUGAUGAAGAAAUUUCAGCGCUGAGGGAGCAGCUUUCAGACGCUCUUUCAAGGGAGGAAUACUUGAUACGAGUCAGUAAGAAGAAGUCGAAGGAGAACCAAGAAAUUCUCGAAGAUGCCAAUUCUUUGCGUCAACGUUGCUCUGAUUUAGAAAAGACCAACGCAUUCUGCUCAUUCAGUUCUUUCGCCAUCUUUCGUCGAUAUCAAAGUUCUUGCCGGAAGUUAUCUGGUUCCUCGGAUGCAGUCAAAGACAUCGAGGAGAAAUCUCCUCUCCAUCCUUCAGGGUUGGCGGGCGCUCAGCUUGAGGCUCAGGAUCAUUUCCAGAUGGCGACUCAGGAAGCAGGAGAAAGGCUCGUCAGAGCUCUUGUCAGAUGGAGGGAGCAGGCCUCUCCCGACCUCGUCUCCACUUUCUGUUGA